AGAGAUAGGGGCUCAAAUGUGUAGUUUUGCAGCGCUCGAUUUGUGCUGUGGGUCAUGCAGACAUGGCCUUAUUAAAGCUGAAGACCGAGCUAGAGAAUGCACUGGGUGAGCUAGUCCUUCACGAGGACGUCAUGGAGGACACUGAUUGUGUUCCAGCCUCCGUUCCGUCAGCCUCACAAGCUGAUUUUGACGAAGUUCAUGAAGCAGCGGGGCCAGGUGAAAUGUUUGGAAAGGCCAGAGCUCCAAUUUGGAAUGCGCGAAUGCCGUCAGUGGGGUAUUGCAGCACUGCUGCAACAACCCCCAUGGCAAGUGCCACGGCAUCGGCGAUGCCUUCCACCCCGACUCAAGAGAACAUCAGUGCAGAGCUGACGCCUCGCGGGCAGGAGGGCCGCGCGGAUCUCACGAAUGCUGAGGGGCAGCAUGAUUUGCUGUCAGGAGGUCACUUUCGACUGGGAAAUGCUUGCUUGCAAGUGGCUAGAUGGUUGCCCUCACAAGCUGACUUUGACGAAGUGCAUGAAGCAGAAGGGCCAGGUGAAAUGUCUGGAAAGGCCAGAACUCCGAUGUGGAACGCGCAAAUGCCGUCAGUGGGGUAUUGCAGCCCUGCUGCUUUGGCCCCCAUGGCAACUGCCACAGCAUCCGCCAUGCCUUCUACUCCUCAAGAGGGAAGCGCGGGGCUCUUACCUCUAGGGCAGGAGGGUCGAGGAGGAGACUUGGUGAGCGCUCCAGAGCAGCAUGACUUGCUACCAGGAGGCAUGGGUCGCUUCCGGCUAGGAACCAGUUGCUUGCAAGUGGCAAGAUGGCCGUUGGCCUCGCCCAUUCAGCGGAUGGAUGAGGCAGAGGCUGAAGCUCAUUUUAAAGCUGAUGGCCUUGGAGCGCUGAGAGAGCCUGGCAAGGACCAGGCCUCCAACGCAGCAGAUCUAGCGGGCGCAGCCUUGUCACAGGCACUCGAAGCUCGAGGCAGACCAGGUGCUUCUUCAACCUCACUCCUUUAGAAGGCACUUUGGAGGUCGCACUUCCGGAAGGUGUGGUGAAUUGGCUCCUGCCAAGCUCAGUUGGCCAAGAUCACCCUCCACCCUGAAAUGAUC